CUGUAAUGGCUUAAAGCUAAAAACAGUGCUAAAUAAUCGAGAUCUCAUUUCUUCUUCUUUUUCUCCUUUCUUCCACAUUCCAACUUUCUCAAACCCUCUCCUCUGCAAAUCCGAAGCUAAUAACAUCAUCAUCGGCUAUGGCUUUCGCUGCUGCAACUACUUUAAUGGACAUCCUACACCACAACUUCCUCCAAUCCAAACCGCUAUUCACUCUCCGCACCAAAAGGAAGGUCAGAUCUCUUUACCGGAAUCUUUGUUUUGUGCAAACCCUUCUUGAAGAAGAUCUCAAGGUGGGCAAUGUUUUGGAGGCAAGAAUUAGAGACGUUUCUGUGGAUUUAAGGUUCCAAAUUGAACAGCAACUGACAUUGCUUCACCUCGGGAAAGCGAUGAAGAUUAGGCUUGAAUCUGCUCUGGAGCUUCUUCCAAUCGUGAAUUGGGAAAUCCAGGAAAUGGAAGCCAUGGAUUUUGUUUAUGUGUGUGCCAGACUAAGGAAACACUUUGCGAUUCCGGUGCCCUAUAUGCCUGCUCAUAUAAGAAGAAGGGUCACAUCUCUCUGCGAAAAGCUUGAGCCUCGCUUGGAUGAAGAAUUUAGUGAUGUCAUAAAGCUUGAGCCUAGCUUGGAUGAAGAAUUUAGUGAUGUCGUAAAGCUUGAGCCUAGCUUGGAUGAAGAAUUUAGUGCUGUCAUAGAUGAACAAGAUGUCCAUUUCUCAAUACAUUUGAAUGCAAAUCUUGUAAUGGUCAUGGAUGUCCCAGCAGAGAGUUUGCCUGCUGAACUAAUCUUAGUAACCUUGCUUGAAGCAAAAAUCCUAAUCAUACAAGAAUCAAGAGCCUCUUAUCUCAGAAAAUACACAAAGCAAAUGAUAGAGGCUCGACAAAGGCUUCGUCGAAUCUUCUCUCAAGGCAUCAAACACACAGGUAGCAUCAAGAAAAAGCUACUGAAGAUUAAGAAUGAGUUCAAUCAGUCCAGAAAUUCUAAAAUGCUGGAUAGUAUGCUUGGUGGUUCAGGAUGUGAGGGUGGCAACUUGCUGCAACAUACCUUGAAGUCUACAACCAAAAUGGUGGUGGGAUGCAAUGAGGAUUUCAACACGAUAAUGGACAAGUUGAAUCGGAAUUCCUUGGAGCGAGUAAUUGUCUCAAUUGUGGGAAUGGGAGGCAUUGGCAAAACCACCUUAGCUCGAAGUGUUUACGAGGAUGUAACAAUAAUUUCUCAUUUUGAUUGUCGAGCAUGGGUUAGUAUCUCACAGGAGUAUAAUCCAAGACAAGUGUUGCAAUGCAUUCUACAUUCUCUUGACUCGUGGAAUGGUGAAAGUAAUGAUGAACUGUCUGAGCAGGUAUACAAAUGUCUAAAGCGAAAAAGGUAUUUGAUCAUCAUAGAUGACAUAUGGAGAAUAGAUGUUUGGAGUGAUUUGUUGAAAUACUUUCCAGAAGAUAAAAAUGGAAGUCGAAUAUUGUUGACCACUCGACUUAAAAAUGUAGCUGAGUAUGCAAGCACGGGGAGCAAUUCUUAUCAUAACAUGAGUUUCUUAGAUUCUCAUGAAAGUUGGAGCCUUUUUCACCACAAAGUCUCUGAGAAAAUAGCUUUAUCCCCUCAAUUUGAAAGUAUUGGUAGAGAUAUAGUAGACAAGUGCAAAGGAUUACCUCUUGCAAUUAUUGUGACUGCUGGACUUCUCUCAAAAUCCAAGCAAACCUUGAGUGAAUGGGAGCAUAUUGCAAAAAAUGUUAGUGCACUUAGUCUUGAUGAUCAACAAUUUGCAGACAUCCUCAGUUUGAGUUACACCUUCCUACCUCACCACCUUAAACCUUGUUUUUUGUCGUUUGGAAUUUUUCCAAAAGGCUCUAAGAUUUCGGUAGACGAGAUUGUUCAUUUUUGGCUUUCAGAGGGGUUUCUAAAGGUUGUGAAGUCUAAGGGCUUGGAAGAUGUGGCAAAGGAGUAUAUACAAGACCUUAUAGAUAGAAAUCUUGUUCAAGUUUAUAGAAAGAGUUGUGGAGAAAUCAAGGAAUGCCAAAUGCAUGAUGUCUUGCUUGAGUUGGUCUUAAGAGAAGCCGAAAGAGAGAAUCUUUUGUAUAAGAAGGAAGAUGGUGCCAUGUCUCGGAAGCAUAGGAGAGAACCAACAAACUAUUCUCCUAAUGCUCAACAAUGGAUUACCCAAUUAAGAAUUUCAGCUCUUUGGUUUAGUGAUCACAUUUUCUUCAAGCUCCCCUCAGCUGUAAAUUUUAAGCUGUUAAGGGUAUUGGUAUUGUCUGAAAUUGACAACACCAGUACACUCAGACAGAUUAUGAGUCUUGUUCAUUUGAGAAUCUUAAAAUUCCACACUCUGCUUAUUGGCGAUCUACCCUGGUUCAUGUUGUCAAAUCUAAAGAUAUUAGUAGUUGCUGCACAGAUAGAGUGUGAAGAAAACCUCUUUGAAAUUUGGGGAUUACCUCAAUUAAGGCAUCUCUGUUUUUAUGACAUUUAUUGUCGAGUUCCUCCGAGAUCAAUUCAAGAGAACUUGCAUACUAUUCGUUGGUUGGAUUGCAGGAGUUGUACAAAGGAAUUGUUCAUGAGAGCACCAAAUCUAAUGGAUCUUGGAGUUCAAAGCUUGGAGGAUAUCCCAGAAUGCAAAGAAUCCAAUUGGUUUAAAAAUCUUGCCUACUUGUAUAAACUCCAGAAGCUAAAGAUUCGUGGAAACAUCAUUUCUUGGGGGUUCAGAACAACUGACUAUUUGGAGAUGUUGAGCUUGGAAAAUUUUCUGCCAAAUCUUAAGACACUAAAACUCGCUGAAACAAAACUAGACUGGAAGGAUAUGGAUGUUAUUGGUAAAUUGCCCAAGCUUGAAGUUCUUAAGCUGAAGAAUGCUGUUGAUGGCCCAAAAUGGGAAUCUAGAGAUGGGGGAUUUCGUCGAUUAAAACACUUGCUCAUACAUGAAUCAUAUCUAAGGUACUGGGAAGCAACUGACGAUCAUUUUCCCAACCUUGAAUGUCUAGUCCUACGCUGGUGUUCUAUGUUGGAAGAGAUUCCCAGCAAUUUUGCAGAUAUUGCCACUCUCCAAUUAAUAGAGUUAAAUCAAUGUUCAGACUCCAGCAUCACUUCCGCUGAGCGCAUUCAACAAGUGCAACAAGAUUCUGGGAAUGAUACUUUCGUUCUUCGUUAUGACAGAAUCCCCAGGGAAGGAAAAAGGCAUAGUAUGGUAUUCCGCAUACUGUGAAAAUGGGAUUGGGAAGUGCUGUGCAUAUGGUGGAAAUUCAUUUUAGCAGACCUCAUUGAUGAAUUACCAGUACUUCAUUUAAUACAAUAGCAUCAUUGAUUCAUUAUUGAUAUUUGGCUAGAAGAGAUUGUUUAUUUUUGAAUUUCCGAAGGAUUUCUAUCAGUUGUGAGUCUAUAUAAGAUCUUAUUGAUAAGAAUCUUGUUCAAGUUGGAAUGUUGAGUAUACUGUAA